ACACGUGAUGCACUCGGUCUGUGGCUCCCGACAGUCGCUGGAUAAACUCAACAGGGAAACCAGAUUGCGCCUUCUCCUCCGCGAAGAUAACGGGAUUUUCGUCCCACUCUUCCGACCCACUUCAUCUGGAGGUUUCAUUUUUCUCUCUCUAGUUGUUUUUUUGUUUUUGUUCUUUUGUUCUUAAUCGGGAAACAAACUUGGAGGACGGCAUAUUUAAGAGAGCUUUGGGACUGAGGACUGCUUCGACGGACCGAUUGCUUUAUUUGUUGCAUUUAUCAGCCAACGUGUUUCCUUAUGGGAUUUUUUUUUUCUUUCUCGUCGCUUCUGAGGAUGACUUUGUGAAAAGCCCCCAGCAAGGCUUUCAGUUACCCGCCAAACACUGUUGGCAUGAACAUGAAGAUUAAAGCUGCCAUUUCAACUCAAGUGAAACAGUGCACACGCUAACAGGCACCAGAAGGGACUGUUCCAUAAUUACAUAAAUUAGAACAAGUGUGCCCAAUGGAUAUUUGAAUGCUUGUCACUUUACUCUAAAUCGCCAUGGCAGAGAGGACCUUUAAACAGUUCAAACUAUUUGGGAGUGAGCAGUGAGAGGUUUGGCCAGUGGCCUACAUGGACAGUGCGAGGUAAUGGUAUUUGCUCCAGGAAACAAUUGUUGACCUAAACCAGUUGCAGCGCAAAUACACCAUAGCACUUAAAUGUUUGUCCUACAAUGCAUCAGUUCGCAAUUAUUUAUCCAUGUAGACACUUGUAUGCCAGUCUACUCUCUCACGGGCAAACCACAUUUCUUUCUCGCUUAAGCAAAGGUGCACAUAAAUAGAUUCUGCUCCACAAGUUUCCGUCCACCUGCGUGUAUUCUGUGAUCGCACGAUGGUUUUACAAAAGCCACAUGGUGCCCAUGUCAUAUGGGUUGGGCUGCUUUUAUGUUGCUUCGUAGAGAUAGGCACCUGUCUGGAGUUUACAGGUGCCGAGGGCCAGUGGGCUAGAUUCCCUGUGUGGAACGCGUGUUGCGAAAGCGAAAUGAGCUUCAGCAUGAAAACAAAGAGUUCCAACGGGCUGCUAGUUUACUUCGACGAUGAGGGUUUUUGUGACUUUCUAGAACUUCUCAUACUGAAUGGGAAACUCAGCUUGCGUUUCUCAAUCUUCUGUGCCGAGCCUGCAACCGUCGUGUCUGACACGGCGGUCAACGACAGCCAGUGGCACGCAGUCACAAUAAGGAGAAACUUCAAGAACACGACCCUCAAGGUGGACAAUGAGAGGAAAUGGGUGGAGGUGAAGUCAAAAAGACGAGAUAUGACUGUUUUCAGCCAUUUGUUUGUUGGUGGAAUACCACCGGAAUUACGAUCCGUGGCGUUACGACUCACAUCAGAUGCAGUCAAGGAUCAGCUACCUUUCACUGGAUGGAUAACGGACAUAAAGGUCAACAACACAGAGUCUGUGAUGAUCAACGGCGAAGGAGUCUUGGAGGACCUCUGCGGUUCAGCCAACAUGUGCUUAAAUGGAGGAGUCUGCAGUAUAAUUAACAACGAGCCAACGUGUAACUGCUCUCGGACGGGGUUCCAAGGAAAGGACUGCAGUGAAGAAGACAACUAUACUGAAGGUCCCGCACACCUGAUGAUGGGCGACCAAGGGCAGAGAGGGGAAGUUUGGCUACUAAGGUCCCUUCUGAGCAUUCAAGGAAAAGAAGAGUUCGUCGCCACCUUCAAAGGAUCCGAGUUCUUCUGCUACGACCUGUCCUUGAACCCGAUUCAAAGCAGCAGUGAUGAAAUCACAUUGUCAUUCAAAACCCUGCAGAGGAAUGGACUGAUGCUGCACACGGGCAAAUCAGCUGAUUACGUCAACCUGGCUCUGAAAAAUGGGGCUGUCUCACUCGUCAUUAAUUUGGGGUCUGGAGCCUUUGAAGCUCUUGUGGAGCCCGUCAAUGGCAAAUUUAAUGACAAUGAUUGGCAUGAUGUCAAAGUAACAAGGAAUCUACGUCAGCACUCAGGCAUUGGACACGCUAUGGUAACAAUAUCCGUGGAUGGGAUUCUGACAACCACGGGAUAUACACAAGAAGACUACACCAUGCUGGGCUCUGAUGACUUUUUCUAUGUUGGAGGGAGUCCUAGCACAGCUGACCUGCCUGGAUCUCCAGUUAGCAACAACUUCAUGGGCUGCCUCAAGGAGGUUGUGUACAAAAACAACGAUGUGCGACUUGAGCUGUCCAGGAUGGCCAAGCAGGGAGAUCCCAAGAUGAAGGUCCAUGGCACCGUGGCCUUCAAGUGCGAGAAUGUGGCCACGCUUGACCCCAUCACAUUCGAGACGCCACAGUCUUUUAUAAUCCUCAACAAGUGGAACGCUAAGAAAACGGGCUCCAUCUCCUUUGACUUUCGCACCACAGAGCCCAACGGCCUUCUGCUCUUCAGUCACGGGAAGCCCAAGCAGCAACCCAAGGAUUCCAAGAGUCCUCAGACUCUCAAGGUGGACUUCUUUGCCAUUGAGAUGCUGGAUGGACACUUGUACCUGCUGCUGGACAUGGGCUCAGGGACCACAAAGACCAAAGCGGUCAAUAAGAAAGUCAAUGACGGCGAGUGGUACCAUGUGGACUUCCAGCGGGACGGAAGAUCAGGUACCAUCUCUAUCAACACUCUCCGCACCGCCUACACAGCCCCCGGAGAAAGUGAGAUCUUGGACUUGGACGACAAUCUCUACCUGGGGGGUCUGCCAGAAAACAAGCUGGGCCUGGUGUUCCCCACUGAGGUGUGGACGGCACUACUCAACUACGGCUACGUGGGCUGCAUCCGGGAUCUUUUCAUUGACGGACAGAGUAAGGAUGUCCGGCGCCUGGCUGAGGUCCAGAAGGCCGCCGGGGUGAAGCCCUCCUGCACUAAGGAGCCUGCCAAACAGUGCUUGAGCAACCCCUGCCAAAACAACGGAGUGUGUCGAGAGGGCUGGAACCGCUACGUGUGUGACUGCUCUGGGACUGGAUACCUGGGGCGCUCCUGUGAAAGAGAGGCGACUAUCCUCAGCUACGACGGCAGUAAGUUUAUGAAGGUCCAGCUCCCAGUGGUGAUGCACACGGAAGCCGAGGACGUGUCCCUGCGCUUCCGCUCCCAGCGAGCCUAUGGCAUCCUAAUAGCCACAACAUCCAGGGACUCGACAGACACCCUGCGCCUGGAGCUCGAGAGCGGCCGCGUCCGCUUGACUGUCAAUUUAGAUUGUAUCAGGAUUAACUGUUCCUCCAGCAAAGGUCCCGAGACUAUUUUUGCGGGUCAGAAUCUGAACGAUAAUGAGUGGCACACAGUACGUGUCUUCAGGAGGGGCAAGAGUUUGAAACUGACCGUAGAUGAUCUGCAGUCUGUGGAAGGUCAAAUGGCGGGUGACCACACCCAACUGGAGUUUCAUAACAUUGAAACGGGCAUUGUGACGGAGAAGCGCUUCAUGUCCAUGGUGCCGUCCAACUUCAUCGGCCACAUCCAGAGCCUCUCUUUCAACGGCAUGGCCUACAUAGACCUCUGUAAAAACGGUGACAUCGAUUACUGUGAACUCAAUGCCAUGAUCGGCUUCAAGAACAUCAUCGCUGACCCCGUCACCUUCAAGUCACGCUCCAGCUAUGUGACCCUCACCACUCUGCAGGCGUACUACUCCAUGCACCUUUUCUUUCAGUUCAAAACCACCUCCUCCGACGGCCUCAUCCUGUUCAACAGCGGCGACGGGAAUGACUUCAUCGUGGUGGAGCUGGUUAAAGGUUACCUGCACUACGUGUCUGACCUGGGAAAUGGAGCCCACCUGAUCAAAGGCAACUCAAACAAGCCCCUGAAUGACAACCACUGGCACAACGUGAUCAUCUCCAGGGACACCAACAACCUCCACACUGUCAAGAUUGAUACCAAGAUCACCACGCAGACGACCACAGGAGCCAAGAACCUGGACCUAAAGGGUAACCUUUAUAUCGGCGGGGUGCCUAAGGAGAUGUUCAAAGAGCUGCCCAAAUUGGUGCACGCCAAGGAGGGAUUUCAAGGUUGUUUGGCGUCUGUGGACCUGAACGGCCGGCUCCCAGACUUGAUGUCCGAUGCUGUGGACUGUGUCGGGCAGAUAGAGAGAGGAUGUGAAGGCCCCAGCACAACGUGCCAAGAGGACUCGUGUGCCAACCAGGGAGUGUGUCUUCAGCAGUGGGAGGGCUUCAGCUGUGACUGCAGCAUGACCACAUUUGGAGGACCACUCUGUAACGAUGCGGGAACGACAUACAUUUUUGGGCGGGACGGUGGACUGAUCACAUACACGUGGCCGCCGAAUGACCGUCCCAGCACCAGAGCGGACCGGCUGGCCAUUGGCUUCAGCACGCACCUGAAGGACGCCGUCCUGGUGAGGGUGGAUAGCUCCUCUGGUCUCGGAGACUUCCUGAAGCUGCACAUCGAAAAAGGAAACAUUGCUGUUGUAUUUAAUGUCGGAACAGACGACAUUAAUAUUGAGGAGACGUCAAAGUUUGUAAAUGACGGAAAGUACCAUAUAGUGAAGUUUACGAGGAGUGGGGGUAAUGCCACUCUGCAGGUGGAUGACCUGCCAGUCAUUGAGCGCUACCCCACAGGCAACAAUGAUAACGAACGCCUGGCGAUUGCUAGACAGCGAAUCCCAUACCGACUUGGUCGAGUAGUUGACGAAUGGCUACUCGACAAAGGGCGGCAGCUUACGAUCUUCAACAGCCAAACCACCAUACAGAUUGGGGGCUGGGAGAGAGACCGAAGUGGAUCCUUUCAGGGCCAACUUUCGGGCCUCUACUAUAAUGGCUUGAAGGUGUUCAACAUGGCGGCAGAGGGAGAUCCCAACGUUAGGAUCCAGGGCAGCGUGCGGCUUGUGGGGGAGUCGCCCUCCUCCAUCACACCGCAGUCGAGCACCACAGCCAACCGCUCGGAGACCUCCACGUCCAUCAUGGAGAUAACCACCACCACGGCAUCCAGCAGGCGAGUCAAGCAGACCACACCACGAGAGCCUCAGCAGACAACCGACGACCUGCUGGUGGCGUCGGCCGAGUGUCCGAGCGAUGAUGAAGACAUCGAUUCCUGUGAGCCGAGCUCAGGUGGGUUAGCCAAUCCCACCGGGGCCGGACCGGACGGCUCCCCGGGAGCGCCGGAUGUCUUCCGGCAGUCCAGCAACACCAUGGGAAUGGUGGUCGGCAUCGUGGCAGCGGCGGCACUGUGUAUUCUCAUCCUUCUUUACGCCAUGUACAAAUACCGGAACAGAGACGAGGGUUCGUACCACGUAGACGAGAGUCGCAACUACAUCAGCAACUCUGCGCAGUCCAACGGCACCGUUGUCAAGGAGAAACCAGUGAACACCGCAAAGACCUCAAGCAAGAGCAAGAAGAACAAGGACAAAGAGUACUAUGUGUGAUUGUCAGAGCUUUGGUCUUUGCCAGACCAACCUAAACAUUUGUGCGACAAAUCAGGACAUCGACAUGUGUAUAGUAUAAUAACAAAGAUGAACAUUAUUUAGUCGUUUUUCCUACAGGACACUGCUCUGAAAAGUCAAUAUGAAAAGGGGAAAAAUUACUUUCUUUAGAUUCAGGCACUUGGGACAGUUGAAAAGAUUCAGCACGGAUGGAGACUGGUAGGAAAUGUCUAUGGUAACCAGUCGAAAAUGAACUGAAUACUAACUAACAUGACAACCAAACAACAUUAAUCCAUGUGUGACUUGUUUCCUUGGCCAGGACGAUGCGAUCAAACUCCCCUGUUUCUGGUAAACAGAGGAGCUGGAGCACUUUGCAAAGGGAGAAUCAGCAUUACAAACUUACUGUUUUCAUACACUUUGCUUGUGUUUGUGUUGAUGGGACUUUUUCUGGAGGAAAUGACACAAUGCAUAAAUAGAUACAUACAUAAAUAUGCCAAACAUUUACUGGGGAUGAAAAAAAAUAAAAUCAGAUCAUGUUGAAGUCCGAAAGAAAAAAAAGAAAAAAACGAUGGAUGUCUAAAGAAUCAGCCAAGUGAUGGCCGGUAAAGACUAAUACAUGGCUGACUAACCUGCUGCAGUACAUGACGAGAAUGGAUGGCGGUUUCUUUUGAAAGACUGUGUUUUAAAAGAAUAUGUCAGAAAUCUGGAUAUCUAUGUUUUCAAAUGGUGUGAACUCAAUGGGAAUAGUUUCCUCAUCAUGGGGAUGUCUCUAAAGUGAUCAUUUGGGAGCCAUGCACGCAAAAGUAUCUUAUUACAGUACAUAUGUUUAUAUACAGUACGACCACAUCUAUAUGUGCUUUCUGGACUGUGACAAAGUGGUGUUUUAUAGCCUGUUGUAUAGAUGAUGCUAACUAUAACUGCUCCUCAACCAUUUUGGAAUAAAACAAAAAAAGGACAGAAAGAAGGCAUAAGUGUUAAUAAGUGUUGCUAGACAUAGAAGAUUUUAUGAAGCCAUCCUCAUUUUUCUCAGUUGGACAAUAAUGUAAUUCACCCCUGUUUUUUAUAUGUGUUCCUAUAUAGUUUUUAUACAAAUGCCAACCUGACAUAGAUGGUUCCAGAGCAGCAGUAGCCUAACCAUUCCCAAAAGCUGCACAAGGCGUUGAGGGGGAAAUGACAACUUGUGUGGCGCUCUUUUAAGGAUACCGGUAGAAUCACUGCCUUCCUUCUCAACCCCGACUUACAUGAGUGAGAAUAUGAGAGAUUUGAUGAUGAUGGAUGAUGACAAUGAUUUCAAGAAAUAAACGUGUGUUUGUUUUCAAGUGGUAUUACAAGAUUGUCUAAUAUGUCCUUGGGCUGAUGCAAAACCAGAGGAAAAAAAUCUCAAAAUAAGUCUUCAUUUCAACUGUUCUGUGUUUGUUCUGUCAUUCUGUCAGUCAAUUCUGCUUUCCGGAGACCUGUACUUGGAAUGAGUAUGAGGAAGAUGACCAUGAACUAUAAAUAAUGAUUAUAAAUUC